UGACUUUUUUUGUAUGUAACGUUGUUGUAGUUGGCGGUGGUGGUUAGAAAAACACGCGCGCGCGCGCACACACCAUCAUACAAGUGGUCUGUUUUCUGUCCAGCUGAGUGUUCGGUCGCUUCCUCGUUGACACGAGCCUCCCACUCUUGGCUUUUAUAGUCUUGCAAAUGGUGGGCGGGACGAUGAGCAUAGCUCGUACGUGAUUGGUUAUUCAAGGACCCUUUCCCCCCUGUUGACCAAUCAGAAUCGAAUGGCGUAGCCCCCGGCGGACUUUGAGGAGACGCGCGGUUAGUUUUGGUUUGUGUUGGUUGGACCGACGGGAGGAGGAGGAGGAGGAGGACGACGAGGAAGAGUAGGAGGAGGAGGAAGGCUGUCACGGUUAUUUUUCGCCACUCCAUUUGUGCCAACAGACACGUUUAUUGUCAGGAGCGAGAAUCUGCCCGCCGCGAAGACGUCUCCGUUUUGCUGCCUCUUUGAUGAAAAAAAAACAGCCGCUGUAUCCAGCUCGAGAGUGGACGAAUCUCGACCUUGGAUUUCGAGGGAGAAGAUGUCAGUGUGGCAACAGCUGGAAAGGAAAAUACGACAAAUGUCGGUCCAUUCUCACAGUAGCUGACGUGUAGGCUUUGUUUGUUAGAAAAGGGGGCGAAAACCACCUACCUCGCCUUGUAAUUUGGAGCUACAUGACGUGUUCUACAUGCAAAGCGGUGAGUCUCGUUUAGGGAAAACAACCCCCCCCCCCCAAAAAAAAAAUAACUAUAGGCAAUGGUGAAGAUGCUGACUGUGCCGGCUGCUAGCUGAGUUGCUAACUCCAGGAAAUAAAUGACUGAAGUAGGCAGACGAUGUGGCGUUUUUUGGACUGAGUGAGGACAGUGUGGGCUCGUCGAGGACAACCGGUGGUCGCCAAAGCUCCGGUUUGCGCGCGUGUGUGUACGUGAGCUCAUGUUGGUGGUGGUGUUUCGAUGCGCCACCAUCCGCACCCUUUGCCAUCAGCCACACGGGACAGCAAACCUCGACGACAUGUCAUCCCAGAAGCCCGUUUGUUAAAUUUACUCUUUCCUCAAAUCUCGUGUGGAAAUAGCUGGAGGAGGGGUUGGGGGGGGGGAAGCCCAUAAGAGAUUAAGCCCAAACAGGAGUCGCCUAUAUGAAGAUGCUGAUGUGUGACCGCGGCGUCCAGAUGCUCCUGACGACGGUGGGCGCGUUCGCCGCCUUCAGCCUCAUGACCAUCGCAGUGGGGACAGACUACUGGUUGUACUCGCGAGGGGUCUGCCGCGUGAAAAGCAGCGGCGACAACGACACGAGCCGCAAGAACGAGGAGGUAAUGACGCACUCCGGCCUCUGGCGGACCUGCUGUCUGGAAGGAACCUUCAGAGGUGUGUGCAAGAAGAUCGAUCACUUCCCCGAUGAUGCUGACUAUGAGGCCGACGCCGCCGAAUACCUCCUGCGUGCAGUGCGUGCCUCCAGUAUCUUCCCCAUCAUGAGUGUGGGGCUGCUGUUCUUGGGAGGACUCUGUGUAGCCGCCAGUGAGUUUUACCGCAGCCGACACAACGUCAUCCUCAGCGCAGGAAUCUUCUUUGUCUCCGCAGGCCUCAGUAACAUCAUCGGAAUUAUUGUCUAUAUUUCGGCCAACUCAGGCGAUCCGGGCCAAAGUGACAACAAGAAAUCCUACUCCUACGGCUGGUCGUUCUACUUUGGCGCUCUCUCCUUCAUCAUGGCAGAAAUGGUGGGAGUUCUGGCGGUGCACAUGUUCAUCGAGAAGCACCGCAAGCAGCGGGCCAAGUCCCGCACCGAGCUCAUCAAGAAGUCCGCCUUCAGCCGCAUCCCCUCCUAUCGUUACCGCUUCCGGCGCCGCUCCAGCGUCCGCUCCUCGGAGGUUCCGAGCCGCGACGCCUCGCCGCUGGGUAAAGUGGGUUACACGGGGCCCGGCGCCUCCGAGAUGCCCAUGUACACGCUGAACCCACGCGAGGCGGGCAACGCCGCCAGCAAAUCCGGCUUAGGUGGGCUGCUCAACUCGGAGAGGGAUUUCCUCCAGAGUAGCACGCUCACUAAAGACUACGCCAAGGACCCCAACCGCAGGACCACGCCUGUCUGAGAGGCAUUGCCUGCAGAUAUCAACCCAUCAUAGUAGCAAAAGAGGAGGAAGCUGAGAGAGGGGGGGAGUGCUCGCUGAAGCGGGCACGGGGAAGCGCGGGGGGGGUUAAAGGGGAGCGUCUCUGAUACCUUGACUGUGAACUGUGAACUUUUUAGCCUUUGAACUGUGAAUCCUGAGCCCAGUGAGCAUUUCAGUGUGUGUAGCACGAGCCGUUUGGAUAGAGAACUCGUUCCCGUCUCCGCCCCUUAACCUAAUUUUUCUGUCGUUGGCACAUUCCUUUCUGAUCAGCUUGUACUCAUUUUUUUUUUUUUAAUUCAUGGGAUUGCCCCAUGUCGCGUGCGUUGCCAGAUUCUCCCAAAAGGUGAAUGAAAGCUAAAUGUGAAGCAAGGGUGCAGGGUAGGACCUCGGUCAGCAUUCGUUCUCGGUUGGACUGACCGAACAAUAGAAAUGAAGGGACGCUUUUAUCCGCGUAUAUGUAUAUAUUCUAUAUGCUCCUUUUUUUUUUUAUUGCUUUAAUCACGGGCUGGCUUCUGUCGUGACAGAAAGACUGGACUGAAGGUGAUUUGAGCUCUUUUUAGAGUCCAUCUCUGGUCACUUGUUUGCUUGUUGGGCGUGUCGGCGCUUCCGGAUGGUCAUUUUUGGAUCAUUGGUGCUUCCUUUUUGACUCUUUUCUUCUCUAUUUAUUCCUUCAGCGUCACCGACCGCGUGACGAUCCGCGCCGCUCGCCUCACGUCUUCGCUCCCCGCCGCUUUUUUCGCCCCACGCUCGUCUUCCAUCUGUGUCACCGGUAGACCAGCCGCAAUGAGGAAACCCGCGAAACAGAGGAGACCACUUAGCUGUGAAUAUGGUUCGAGACAGAGCCAUGAAGACAUUAAAUAAGAGACGCGAACGCUCGUCCACUACCUCCCGCUGAAUAUCGUUCGACAAUUGUCUAAAGUCUGUCUUGUGCAAAGGGGGGGGGGGGGGGUAACAAUUGGCUUUGUAGCACGCGAUGUAAAGUCGACUGGAGGGGGAGUGCCAUGCAUUAUUCAGAGGCUUUGGCCGCCCUCCAUUGAGGUGUCAGUCACGGCCGCGCCUUCUCUCCUCAUCUCCCAUCCGUGUGCAUCGACUGCGUGCACAUACACAAACGCGCGUCUUCUAUCUGUGACCUCCACAGACGCAGAACGGGUCACGCCACUACAUCUCCGUGCGUCUCCCCGCUCGCAUGCGCUUCCAUAUACCGUGGGGGUUGCCGUCACGAAUAAUAGAGAGUCACCGGUGCGUCCGCGUUAGCAUUUGGGCGUCGGCUAAGCGUUUCCGUUGUAUGUGGGAUGUAUUG